GGGCGUGUCCGUCUUCACUCCAACAUGUCGGCUUGGUGGUGAAACUUUAUGCUAAAUUAUUAACAGUUUCACGGUUUUACCUAGUUUGUAAGGAAUAUGUUCUGCGAGUACACACUAGACCUAUCCAGCACUUUUCCUAAAGACGUAUAUCGUUGGUCUGUAGUUUUAUUUGCGUGGGUUUUCGCUGCAGUCUUACCGGUGUAUGGGACUUCAGCAGCAAUCAGCCCAGAGAAAUGUCUUAUUUGGGGCUCAGGGCUGCAAGUAGACGCCGUUUUACCAGUCCGCUACUUCUAUAUCCAGGCAGUAGAUUCAGAUGGACACAACCUCACUGCAUCUCCUGGUAAAGAUGCUUUCAAGGUGAAAAUAAGUUCCCUUGAUCAAAAGGAGUACAUUCGGAUCCAUGUUGCUCAACCCCUGGACAGAGGAGAUGGAUCGUUCCUGGUCAGAUACAGGCUGUAUGGGACAGCUUCUAAGGGCCAGGUGGAAAUCUUUCACAGAGAUGCUUCUGUUGCCAAGUCUCCAUACACUAUGCAAGGUCCAGUUUACCAUGAGUACUGUGACUGCCCAGAGCCUAAUGGUUCAGCCUGGCUGAAGGAGCUGCAAUGUCCUGAAAAGGAGUCUCAGAUUCUGGCAGACUUCAAAUCAUUCCCCACCGUAGACCUCCAGCGUCUCAGACAGGAAGUGCCCAAAAGAUUUUCUAACAGAGGUGGUCUCAUUCAUUACGCCAUUAUUAACAACCAGAUUUACCGACGCACCCAAGGAAAAUACACCGACUUCAAGAUGUUUUCAGAUGAAAUACUCUUGUCUUUAACUAGGAAGGUCAAAGUACCUGAUGUGGAAUUUUACAUAAAUGUUGGGGACUGGCCUUUAGAGACAAAGAGUGCAGAUGCGAGCCCUGGCCCUCUCCCCAUCUUCUCCUGGUGUGGAUCUACUGACACCAGAGAUAUCGUCCUGCCCACCUAUGAGGUCACACACUCCACUCUGGAGACCAUGAGAGGAGUCACCAAUGACCUGCUGUCUGUCCAGGGACAUACUGGCCUCCCUGGACCCAACAAAACGUCUAGAGCAUUUUUCCGUGGCCGGGACAGUCGAGAGGAGCGCCUGCAGUUGGUCACUUUGUCUAAGAAACACCCUGAGCUGCUGGACGGUGGCAUCACCGGAUGGUUCUUCUUUAGAGACCGAGAGAAAAAAGUGGGCAAAGCUCCACUAGUGGGAUUCUUUGACUUUUUCAAGUACAAGUACCAAGUAAACAUAGAUGGAACAGUGGCAGCAUAUCGUUUUCCAUACCUGAUGCUGGGACAGUCUGUUCUGAAGCAGGAUUCACAUUACUACGAGCACUUCUACAUCCACCUUAAACCUGGGACUCACUACAUCCCGGUGAAGAGGGACCUGUCUGACCUUCUGGAAAAAAUCCAGUGGGCCAAGGAGAAUGAUGCAGAGGCACAGAAGGUGGCCAGGCGGGGACAGGAAGCGGCCAGAGAACUUCUUAAACCUAGCCGACUCUACUGUUACUACUAUAACGCACUGUUAUUGUACUCACAAAGGCAGACUGGUCAACCACAACGCCACAAAGAUAUGGAGCAUGUGCCUCAGCUUGAUGACCACACUGCCAUUUGUAAAUGCAAUAGACCAAUGCACGAGGAAAAACACAAACUGAAUGAUGAACUGUGAACUACAAAAACAUCACCUGCAUUUUCUGCUAGAGUUUACAUUCCUGACAUUGAAUUGUCAGUUGUUUAACAGGAUAUCACAGGGUUUCUACUGUAACAAUCAUGUAUAUGUACGUUUUACAUAUUAUGUUUGGCUAAUACUGUGCCUGGGUUCUUUUCAAAGAUUGGCUAACAAAUUAUGUGUGAUGUAACUGUUAUAGAAAUAU